GCCCAGGCAGACUCGCCCAUCGCCACUCGAUUUGGAGGUCAUUCGACGCGACUACCCAGAGUACCGCGAGUUUGCCGAUAGCGUGCUGCCGCUUGCCGACAAAGGACACUACCAUCCGUCGCUGCAGGUGCCCAAGCGCGCACGGGAGGACGACGACGAACAACCGGAGCCGAAGCGAUCACGGACUGAUGCCGGCGGUGCCGAGAUCGAAAAGAUGAGGGCGGACAUGGAUACUCUCAAGGCUGAGAAUGAGCGGCUCAGGGCUGAGAACGAGCAGCUCAAGGCUGAGACUGAGAGACUCAGGAAUUCCAGUCGCACUUCUGCUCCUUUCGUCAAGAAAGAGGAAGUCGACGAGGAUGGUUUCGAGACUCUUAGCAAAGAGUUCGACAGACUCGUUGAAGAAGAGCUUGCUCGAAUAAGUCGGUGA